GAUGGCAAACUUUUCAUCAUGAUUUCGGCUAAUAUACCACCAUGGCUCAUCUUAGGACCAGAGAACUACUGCAUAGAUACCUUCGUGCAAGAAGACUCCUCGGGAGAGAGAACCACUCAACUGGACGCCCUAAUAUGCUUCGCUCAGAAUCAAGAAGAAAACCACUACGUGUUGAGUUUCACAUGUAUGAUUAUAUCCUGCGUGUUUAUCCUAGCAACAUGUGCUGUGUACGCGUGGCUUCCAGAGCUGCGGAAUCUUCACGGCAGGGUGCUGAUGGCGUACCUCCUGUGUCUCUUUGUGGCCUUCGCUUUCAUGGCAACCAUGCAGAUUAUGUUGACAAUUGAUAACAUUUCUAGCAAUGUGUGUGCUGCUUUCACCUUCAUCAUCUACUACUGGUUGCUGGUCGCUUUCUUCUGGCUCAACGUCAUGUGUUUCGACAUCUGGUGGACAUUUAGUGGCAAACGAGGGAUGUCGUUAGAGAAGCUAUCAAUCCGAGCUCGCUUUCUGGCAUACAGCGCGUACGCAUUUAGCAUUCCCACUGCGCUGACGAUCCUGUUGGCUGCACUGGAGUUCUCUGGGCUGCCGUCACAUCCACUACUGCCGAUGAUCAGACAACAAGGCUGCUUUAUAUACGGCACCAGCAAGCUGAUAUACCUGUACGGGCCGAUAGUUGUGCUAUGCGUGGCCAACUUGAUCUUCUUCGUGUUGACUGCAGUUAAGAUAACGCAAAUCAAACGUCAGACCUCAGUGCUGAAGUCAAAGGAGAGCUCCAUGCACGACCAACACAGGAAUGAUAAACAACGAUUUCUACUAUAUGUCAAACUCUUCGCCGUGAUGGGAAUCAACUGGAUACUAGAAGUUUUAAGCGCGAUAUACCCCGACGCUAAUGAAUUCUGGAGGUUCACCGACGCGUACAACGUCCUCAUUGGCGUCAUCAUUUUCAUCAUCUUCGUCUGCAAACGGAAGAUCUUCAGACUCAUCAAGAAGAGACUGAGUUUUGAAAGUAAGCAGUCUGCGAAGGAUGUCUCUACCAUAUCUACAACGAACAGGACAGGAUUCCAAAGAAUACAAGCAACUCCGCGGCGAUCCGAUGUCGAGGACACAAACGACUAUCUCCUCAUCACGCACGUUCACGAGCCGCGACGAGGUGCCCAUGGGUUCGAUGAAGAGCAAGUGAGCACUAGCCUAUAGACCUAGGAACCAGCAUUACGUAUGCAUCGAUUGAAAACCGAUUUGACAUUGACGUUGCGAUAAAAUGGCGGCUAUUUCGACGGUCCCUACGUAUUGAAAAAAGCAUUUGGCAGAUUCGAUACUUUACGUAGGCAUUGUCGAUUUCAUAUAAACCAGUUUCCUUAUGUGGACACAAGCAGGUCGUAUGUGACCUGUCCGUUUCCAGUAUGUUUGGUUUUUACACGAAGUUCAUGUGUUCUAAUUAAUUUAUGACAUAAUAUAUAAAAGACAAUUUCGUAAGAACUGCCUCUCAGGAACUGAUAUUGGCCCACGUAUGGGAAAUCAGAUUCUAUGUUAAUUGUGAUAAGAUUGAUUGACUGAAAUGAUCUAGACUACCUAUGCUAGGCUGUUCCCAUAGAUAUUUCUCGAUCGGUUAUAUAUAACAAAUAGCUUCCUGCCAUUAAAAUUGCAGCUGACUGCGCAGCGUUCGAUUUUCUGUGUGGUAUAUGAAUGUAGAUUCAUCUCUAAGAAGGAAAAAUAAGGUUUAAAACAUGUUUUAUAUUUCAAAAUAUAUAUAAAAAAAUUAUAGAUUAAAAAUGUUAGUAGUAUUUUUUAUCAAUAACGGAUAUUUGUGGACCUUUGUUGUUUUCGGUGCGGAUGUAUCGAAUGUUCUCGAGUGUGACCAAAACCAUAUAUAUUUUCGACGGGUAAAUUAAUAUCACGUUAUCCUUACCUCAGAACAAUAACAGGAUCCUUACCUAUUCCAAAAGGUGUACCACGUAACGUGAUUUAAGAAAAGGUACACAAUUCUAAACAUCACAUAUUUUAUAAAUAAUCAGUAUUGCGGCCAAUUUGUAUUAAAAAGCACAUAUAACAUAUUCAAGGAAAAAACAUAAUAGAAACAAUUAUUAUAAUCUAUUAGCUCAUUUACAUUGUCAUGCGAACAACGAGACGAAUCGCCAGGCGAACCACGAGACGAGAGUGUAAACAACGCGUUUCGACUCGGUUUUUUAGGCACGUUUAUACUGGAAAUAAACCCAACGCGUUUCCGAAUCAAUUUCUUAUAAAAAUCGAUUUGGUUUAUUAAGAAGGGUUGAUCGAUAUAUUAUGUUAUUUGGCCUAACAUUCUAUAUUGUUUACAUUGGAGUAAAGAGAUGGUCGUUUCACUAUUGAAUAUAAUAUAUUCACUAUAAAAAACACGAAGUAUUAUUAUUCUUUGUUAAUGUUUGUCAAUGGUGGUUUAGUCUCAUGAAGAGAUUGUAUAGUCCCUUCAAUGGUUUCAAAUAGGAGGCCGGAAACAUAAUUGGCCCUAAAUAGCCUACAAAUCAAUGAUUCAUGGAAUAAAAUAUCGUAGCAAAUGUCUUUUAUUUCUUGCAAUUGUCUGUUGUAUAUUAUUCACAUAAAAUAAACUCAUUACAAAAAGGGUUUAUGCUGCUAAUAUUUCGAUAUCUUUUAUGUUCGCUGACUCAAAGACGAAUGACCGCUAAAGUAUAACAGAAAUCAGAAUCACGCGAACAGCGCUUUUUUUAUUUCUCUACGUUUGUUAGCCUGGUAAAGACCGGCUUAUAUAAACACAUGGGACUUUUGGUUGAUCGCUUUAGGCGCUCGCAACCCUUGAAAAUUAAGCGACCAUGCUGAGGGCAACCCACUAACGAGGUACGAACCUCCGCUCAUGACGGUCAUUGGGAGCUGAUGAGACAGCAACGAUUAUGGCGAACUGAGAGGCGAACAUGAUAUAAGCCACGAUGCGAUGUACGACGCGAGUUUAAUGAGUCAUAAUAAUUACAGAUAAAAGAAUGAAUAUAUUUUUUUUGCAUUUAUUUUUAAUUUUUUUUAUAUUUAGUUUUUUCCUUUCAUAAUACUAAUAGGGUACUGUAAAAGUAGAAGGUUUUAAAUUAAGGUCAGACAUUUACCGCUAUUUAGUAUCCGUGAGCUGUUAUUUAGGGUUUGGGAUAAGUAUCCAAAAUAUUUUCACAAAAAUACAUACCUUAUUUCCUUUUGUGUAAUGUGCUUAAUUUGUAUUUAUAAUUUGUUUAUUAAAAAAAAAAUGUUAAUCUACCUCGUUUGUGUGCGCAGUAAUGGAGCAAUAUGACUGUUUGUGGUUUAGGUAAUCUACUCAACGCUCAUGUUUCAAAUGGACUUAAUUAGAAAAUGAUUAAUCAUACAACAAUAAUAUUACACGGAAAAUUAAAUGAGUAGGUACUUUUGAAAUAAAACUAAGCGGUUAAUUGUAUUCAGUCAAUUACUUAAUUUUACUAUACUUUCGCAAAGAAAACGUCUGGGCGUAUGUGCGCAUGUACGUAUGCACGUAGUGUAUGGGCGCUGGUUUUUUAUUUCGAACAAAUUCUAACCAACCCCUAACUUUUUGGAUAAUAUCGUAGCAGAAAUUUGGAGCUUGGAAUCAAUAAAAAAAAUGUAGACCCCUCCCUACUUAUAAAAAAAAACUAAGAAAGAAUUGUCUUGGCAGAGUAACUCAAAAAGUAACUUCUAUUGGCUAUUGUCAUUCACAAAUAUAAGAAGGAAAUUAAAAAAAAAAACUAAAAUUGUCGUCCGCGGUCAUUCUUAGAGAGAAAUAAACUAUUUGUAAAUUUUUCUUGUUUUAGGAAUGUGUUCCAAUGUAGCCAACAUUUAUAUUUCGAAAGCGUUCAUUUUAUGUGUAAUUUUUAAGUAAAAUAAAAUUAUAAAUAUUGCAAAAAGUGACUUUAAAAUUAUACGAUUAAUAUCAAUAAGAUCGUUCAUUAAAAAUAUGUUCAAAUGUUUAUUAAAUUAAAAGCCGUUUUUGGAUAGAUCCUUCUGGAUGAUCUCUGUGACAACUGCCAGUAAAAUCACACCUAAAAAGUAACGUAUUUAUUGACAAUACAAUGUAUAUAGGUACCAAGUACGCGGAUUAACUGUGAUUUAUUUAUCAAUUCCAUACACAUUAUUGAAAUAACAAUGUAAUAAACACAAUUGUAUGGUUCACAUCAUUAUUGCAGUUCUGUUUUGAACAAUAACACAUAUGAUAAUAUAUUAAUUUUAUUUUAUUUUAUUUUUAUUUUUAUAUUUAUUAUAUUAGUUAAUAUUAUACUGGUGUCCCAAAGACAAUGUCAAGCGGAGGUCCAGAGAUAGAGCACCCCUUGUGGUCCGCAACUUUUUAUGGUUUUAAGUAAUAAUGUUUUUCUGAUAUUUGGCCGCGCUGGUCUACAGCAAAUUGACAGAUUUCAUAAACCUUCGCUAUUCUUAUCUAAAUCUUUGAUAGAUAUAUAGGUUUCCUCAAGCUGUUUCCUUUCACCGUUAAAUCGAACGAUUAUAAUUGACAAGGAAUACAUAACUUCGAAAAGUUGAGAUGUGCGCCUUAGAUCUUGAACGGGCGGACCCUGUUUUUUGACAUAAAUAUUUUGAAUUAUGAUAAUAUGUACCCAUGCUUAAAGUAUAUGAAUAUUCUUAUAUAAAUGUUUGUAAUUAAUUAAUAUAUAUACCAAUAAAGUAUGCUAUAAUAAUUAUUCUCAUUGAUGAACAUUAUGAAGCCUUUGUAAUUAGUGUAAGACGUAGAAAUAUUUAUGAAGACAUAAAGAUUAUAAUAAUGGACUUUAAUUAAAAUAUUUUUAGUAAAGGUUCUGACAAUGUAUCCCCGUAUAGUCAGUUACAAAAAUAGCUGAACGAAAAAAAUCGCCUUUGACAUUUUGUGUCCGGAUUAAAUAUGGUUUUUCCUUCAUUAAAUUAAAUGUCAGAGUGUACUUUAUUUUAGAUAAGAAUAUUUCGGUUGAUAUUAAUGUCUAGAAGCGUUUUGAAGUUUUGAAUUUGUUCAGCUACUUUUGUGACUGUAGAUAACAACGUUAAGAAUAUAACGCGUUGUUCAUUAGAGCCGGAUAUAAAAUCUGGUAAUAAGGAUUUACGGAAGGAGAUACUUAUAAUAACUAGUAUCACACUAAAAGUUUGUACUCACAAAUCUGCAAGAAGAGUUGGGAUUAAUUUAAUUAAUUUUGGGACCACACAAACCUCAAAUGAUAAACUCAAAUGUUAUAUCUAGUCUCUUAGAAUACGUUAUGUAAGUUUAUGUAAGCAAUUUAUUGUAUCGCCUUGGCAUUUAAUAUGGUUAUUUUAGAAUUAUUUUUAGAAAUAAGAUUCAAUGUUCUUCUCCUAAAUAAAUACACAUUUACAAUCAUAUUAUACAGAUGUUAUUUUUAAGAGUCUAUUACAUUAUAAAAUGUGAGAAUAUAAUUAAUGUGAGAGAGUCCUAUUCCGUCUGCUGGGGUAAAUCCGUCUUUUUCUAAUUACCGACGUUCUAUUCAAAUAAUAGAGACUUUCCCGCCCUCACACCCACCACUACAACUCCUGUAAGCCAGGAUCAGCAGUGGCACGCAUUUUAUGACACCGAGCGGUGAAGCUCGGCGAGUCUCAGGGAAAACUUAUAUGUCAUUAUCCCGCCACGAAAUUAAUGAAAUAGAAAGAUAGGGAGGAGUUGGAAAUAUCUAUUGGAAGGAUAGCUUCGAUAGAAAAUAAAAUAAAUAAAUUAAUAGGCGUUAUAGGUAAGAAUGUCAAAAAUCCCCUAUUUACCUAUACGGCUACCGAAGCUGUUCAACGAUUAAAACGCUUGUUGUGGCAAAAAGACGGAUAUACCCUCGUAGACGGAAUAAGGCCCCCUGAUCUUACAAGCUAUAUUCGUCUGGUAUAGUCUGUGUGUAUUAGUAGACGGAAUAAGACUCCCUGACGUUACUAACUAUUGUAUAUUCGUCUAGUAUAAUAGUCUGUGUUUAGAACCAAAUAAUAAUGUAGAAACGCUAGUUGUAAGUUGUAGUCACGUAAAAUAGAAUUUCACUAUUCCCAUGCAAAAAAUGUGAAUCAAUAAAUGUUAUGUGGAAUCUAA